CAUUUACAAAUGUCAUUUCCGGUCCAUUUUUUGAGAUGCCAAACAAACCUUUUGGGAGCAAUAAUGAAUAACUCUGGCAUUUUUGCGGUGGUUCGAACAUAGUUAUUCUAUUGUGCCAUUAUUGCCCCUAAACUCUUAUUCACUUUAUUUUUGUAAAUAAUCCCAACUGUUCGUGCCAGUGUUUGGUCCGUGAUAAAUUAAGAGGCAGCAUUUUAACAUCUUCUAGAAGAUCGGGUGUGAGACGGCAGCCGUCUGUAUGGUUUUGGAUAAUAUGUCUGCAGCGGACAGUAGAGAGGUGGAGAUGCCGGCGGAGGCUCUCGGUCGACGGGUGUCCUGCGAGGGAGAGCGAGGAACGGUGCGCUACGUGGGAGAGGUCCCUCCGACAGCAGGGCCGUGGCUGGGCGUGGAGUGGGACAGUUCGGAGCGUGGGAAACACGACGGCAGCCAUGAGGGCAUCAAGUACUUCACCUGCAGACACCCCACGGGGGGAUCCUUCGUGCGGCCCAAGAAGGCCUCCUUCGGGGUGGACUUCAUGAGUGCCGUGCGGGACCUCUACCAGUUCAACUUGCAGGAGGUGUUUGGUCCCCAGACCACCAUCGCUUCCAAGACCGUGGAGGUCUCCGGUUUCACCAAGAACAGGGCCGACAGUCUGGGGGUGGUCUCUCUCAGGCAUCGGGAGGUCAGCAGUCCUGGACCCGGAGACCAAAUCCGGACCUUCAUGCCCGAUGUGAGAUCUCUGGACCUGUGUGGUAACCUCCUGUCCAGCUGGGAGAAUGUGGCGGAGAUCACAGAGAACAUUGAGCACCUGCGAGAGCUGCUCCUCAGCCACAACCGCCUGUCACUGAUCUCCGACCCCGUGUCUCUAAGUCACGCCUUCUCUAGCCUGACCGUGCUGUCCCUGGCCGGCUGUCAGCUCACAUGGACGCAGGUGCUCCAGUGCGCCCCCAUGUGGCCACGGCUGGAAGAGCUCUACGUCGCAGAGAACGACAUCACAGAACUCAGCAGGCCGCUGGAUGUCCUGCAGGACCUGAGAGUGCUUGACCUGUCCAGUAACCCAUUAGUACAAGACAGCAUCCUCAGCCUGGCUUACCUGCCCAGGCUGGAGAACCUGAACCUGUCCACGACGGAGCUGUCUGGUCUGCAGUUCGACGACGUUCCUCCCGGGGGAAAAACCGGGAUGUUUACCACCCUGAAGGUUCUCAUCUUGAACCACAACAACAUCGCUCAGUGGUCAGCGGUGAAUGAGCUGGCUAAGCUACAGAGCCUGGUGGAGCUUUCCUUUCGCCAUAACAACCAGCUGACCAACGACCUCACGCCUCAGACAGCCAAUCAGCUCAUCAUAGCCAAGCUGCCCCAGUUGGCCGUCCUCAACAAGAGUCGGGUGCUACCAGAUGACCGCCGGGGGGCGGAGCUCGACUACAUCAAGACGUUCGGAUUGGAGUGGCUGGCGUCCGGAGGGAACCGGGACCCCGCGGAGAACCGGCCCAGUGCCGCCUUCACCUGCACGCACCCCCGCUACCUGCCACUCAUCCAAAAGUAUGGCGCUGCAGAGGAAGGAGAACUUAAGAAGCAGACGCCAUUCGCUCUCAAGAAUCAGCUGAUCAGUGUGACCAUUGUCUGUCCAGAGGAGGCGGAGCGUCUUCCCGUUGUUAAGAAGCUACCAGACUCCAUGACGGUGCAGAAGGUGAAGGGCCUUCUGUCCAGGAUGCUCAAAGUCCCCGGAGCAGCAAUCACACUGACCUACACAGGGCCCAAGAUGAACGGGUCUGAGGUGGACCUGGACAAUGACCUGAAGCCGCUCCAGUUCUACUCCAUAGAGAACGGAGACUCCCUGCUGGUCCGCCGAACGUGACCUUCGACCCCUGGGCCAUAACCGCACAAGGGCGGGGUCAAGAGGUUUAGGACCGGGUCAGUUAGGACUAGAAUCCCUGACCCAGAACCUGCCACAGCUAUGUCUAAAUGCUUUGUCUUCCCUGCCUUAUACUCAAACAGACCAUAAUAAACACUCUUCAACUGUCUAGAAACAAA